GAUCAAAUGUCUAAAAUAAAAUAAACUUUACCGCAGUACUCGACCUGGUGAAAGACAUUUGUUUUUCGACGGCGGUGGGCGGCAAUAAUGUUUCCCUCCUCCCCAAGAUGGUAACUCUGCGCCCAGUAGCCCUGCACUCUCAUGCUCAAUGACGCGAAGGAACGUGUUGCUCAUAUUUCCGGUGAGCGGAUUCCGUUGUUGGAUGUACCGUUCUGUCCAGAUUCGGGAUGGUACUCAUUAAGGAAUACCAAGUGCUGUUGCCAUGUUCUGUAGAAGAGUACCAGGUUGGCCAGCUGUUCUCCGUAGCAGAAGCCAGUAAGAACAACACAGGAGGUGGGGAGGGAAUAGAGGUCCUUCGUAAUGAGCCGUACGAAAAGGAAGGCGAGAAGGGCCAGUACACCCACAAGAUCUACCAUAUACACAGUAAGGUACCCAGUUACAUCCAGAUGUUUGCACCUGAAGGAGCUUUGGUCUUCCAUGAGAAGGCUUGGAAUGCUUACCCUUACUGCCGCACAAUUGUGACGAAUGAGUACAUGAAGGACGAUUUCUUCAUUAAGAUUGAAACUUGGCACAAGCCUGACAUUGGAACAUCUAACAAUCCCCAUGGUUUACCACCUGAGGAGUGGGAGGAGGCAGAGGUGGUGCCCAUAGAUAUUGCCGAUCGGUCGCAAGUUGACGACGUUGACUACAAAGCGGAGGAGGACCCAGCUAUCUUUCACUCAGAAAAGACGGGCAGGGGCCCCCUAGGACCCGGCUGGAAGAAGGAGCUCCACAGUGGUAGCUGCCCCUAUAUGACGGCCUACAAGCUGGUCACGGUUCAUUUCCGCUGGUGGGGCCUUCAAGGGAGGGUGGAGAAAUUCAUUCACAAGCAAGAGAAGAGGCUCUUCACCAACUUCCACAGGCAGCUGUUCUGCUGGCUGGACCGCUGGGUGGACCUCAGCAUGGAGGAUAUCCGGAGAAUGGAGGAGGAGACGCAGAAAGAGCUGAACCAGAUGCGGAAUCAGGGAUCUGUUCGAGGGAUGAAAGCGGGAGAAGACUAAAUGUAGAGGGAAAUGGGACUGUUUGAUCAACCAUUAUUUACCUCCCCAAGUCCCGCAUACCGCCCUUCCUCCUGCAGCCAAUCAGAACGUGCCACAUCACCGAGCCCUUCAAAACAGGCAGUUGUCAGGAAAUGACUGUGUUUUUAUGUUUUUAUGUGUGAGUGUGUCUGUGUUUUUUUUUGUCACUUUGUUCUUAAAAUAUUUGCUGUCAAAUUUUAUUGUAUUUUGAGUUCAGCAAAAUCCUAAGUAAUUCCAACUUUAUCUUUUAAUUAUUAGCCGUUUUUGUUAUUUUAUCAGUUAUGACUGUACUUUAGUGCACACACAAUUCUCAACCCAGUCCAAGGGUAAGUGAGAAAGGUGCAUCUGAAUCCAGAUUUCUUUUUUUUUCUUUUUUUGCUUUAGUGUAAUUUACUGCUACUAAAAUACUUGGUCCAUAUUUUUUAAAUAAUUAUGGUAUUUCAAAAUGUUGUUGGGUGGUUUAAGCUUAAAGCAGUUACGUUUAAAAUAAAAUCACAUUUUAAAAUGAAAUUGACAUUUUGUAAUCUUCAGGAACAUGUAAGCGUGCGGAAGGAAGAGGUCUUAUCUCUUCUGCAAUGUUUGGUUGCAGAAUAUUUAAAAUCACUCAACAUUACUAAUGUCAUGAAAAUGCAUUUUUCAAAUUUAACCAGGUGAAAUGGGAGUGGGAUGGUGUGAACUAUCAAAGAUGGUGUGCUAGUUAGAUUUACAAUAAUAAACAUUGACUAUACUCAAA